AUUAUAUUCAGUAUGAGUUUUGCCGGAUGUUUGGGUGCUCUCAGGGAAAACCUAUUUUUGCUAAAAUUGUAUUCAUUACUCCUUCUAUUGCUGUUCGUCGGAGAAGUCAUACUAUCGACCGUUGCGUUUGUUUUUCCCAAUUCCUUCUCAUAUUAUCUGAAGGAAAGCCUAUCAAAGGAUCCAAUCAUCAAAUAUAGAGACGAUACUAACCUUCAGAAUCUCAUUGAUGUCAUCCAAACAGAGUUCAAAUGUUGCGGUAUUUCUGAUAAGGGAUACAAAGACUGGUCGAGGAAUAUAUACUUCGAGUGCAAUCAGACGAAUCCGAGUCCAGAGCGAUGUGCUGUGCCUUUCUCCUGCUGCAGGAACUCUAAGAACUUCGAUAGUGGUCUCAUAAACAUAAUGUGCGGAUAUAAUGUCCAAAAUAUCAGUUCUGUUGUUGAAGUCAACAAAUAUAUCUUCACGAGAGGUUGUAUUGAAGCCAUAACUGAGAUCAUCGAAAGGAACAUGAAUUUAGUGGCGGCC